GAGGCGAUUCAUUAGACUGAUUGUGUGCGCAAUUAUUAUUGGUAUCAGACAGAACCUCGUUACUUGGUAACGGACCACAACACGAUGCUCCACUCAGCCUGGCGAGAUGAAGUGUUUUUGUCUCCUACUCUCAGGUGUUUUGAUGGCCACAGCGUCGUGCAACAUCUGUUACACGACCAGUGAGCCUGAUGCAAACGGUCACAUGCGCUGGGCGUUGCCGUAUCCUAACCCUUGCCAGUGCCACGAGAUACGCCCCGGCCAUGUCAUCGUACGAGAGCCCCAGCUACCGUUCCAGCCCAGGCAUCUCAGCUUUCUCGUGAUUAGUGGUGACAGGGAUGAGAUUCGCCGUUCUCUCAAUCUUGAAGCACCGUUGAUGAAGACAUUGGUAUGCGAAAACAAUAAGUUCUCUAUUAAGUGUGGCAAAGAGGAAACCAUUGACGUGAAGUGGGCCCUCUACGGUCGCGAAACUGGCACCAGUGACUGUCAUAUCAACAAACCAAACCCUGGCGGAAACGCAACUGCUUCACUGUUAACAGUAAAGGACAAAUGCCAAGCAAGAAACAAGUGUGAAUUAAUAGCCAACAAUGCCCUCUUCGGAGAUCCCCUCCCUAAUGUUGGCAAAUACCUGGUUGUUCACCACACGUGCAUCUGCGCAACAGUUUGCGUUCAGUGAUACGUGUUCAGAAGUACAAGUGACGCGAUAAGUAUGAUCACUAAUUAUUAUAUCUGCGAAAGUUUUUUCGCAUACAGAUCUAGAAUGCAUGUGACCGUGAAGAAGCAAUGGAUAUUGGAUCCAGAACAUAGAGAUUUUGCGUCUUGAAGCUCAUGACGGAAGCAAACUGGCGCCAUUUUGAAACAUUGAAGUAUAUUUUCUCUAAAAGUCCGUUUUGACGAGAUAUCUUGUCGAUGAUUUCACGAAGUGACAAGACAAGAAACUCCCUAUCGUGGAAACAGACAUCCAACAAAAAGGAGUUUUAAAUAUGAUACUUUUCACCUUACAUUUUCGACCUCUUUUGUCUUACACACCGGGUAAUUUUUUUUGCAAAGUCAUGCAAAGUAUAGUUUUAAAAAUGCUUGUCAGCACGAAUUUCUACAUUUGUUGUUUUAAUUAAAUAGUAGUUCAUCAAUAAAUGUUCUUUACACUUCCUAAGAUUGUAAAAUUUGGAGGUCUUACCUUUUCCCCUGUUGCAACAACUUUUUGUCCCUUUGUUUGAUUAUACGCGUACAAAAAAGUUACAUUCAGUAUUGUUCUCACGCAGCACACACUCGCAUCUUAACUGCUCCAGAGCUGUGUAUUUAUUUUUGCCCUGGGACCAAGGAGGGUUUUGUCACUUCGUGGGACUCAAAUUCCAAGACACCAAGUUUUUUAUGUUUGUUUAUGAUAAUUAAGAAAGUAAACAACAUUCGGCUCUAAUACUGUGUCAAAGUGUUCCUUGAAUCGAACCAUGAAACUCCAAAUCGGAAAAGAUAGAUUUUUCCAGGUUUUUGUCACAUAGUAAAAUAAUCGACGAUAUGUUUAGAGAUUUGUUCGUUUAAAUAGAUACAUGUUUUCUAAAGUGUAUGUUUCAACAAGCGUUUUCAUUUUUGAGAAAGGAAAAUAUAUAAUUUUUUCAGUGUUUUACAAAUUUCACAGAGGUGUUGUGGAAAUUGAGGGCGGUUCGUGUGAGUGUUGGUUGGUAGGCAGGUCUAUAAGGCUUGCAGUGCAUACGGUUUGAGUCUAUACACUGUAUCAAGAACUCCUGAGGUGAUGCACUUUGCACUUGGAAAAAAUAGUGAAAAGGGAACUUUGAAUAAAUGUAAUUUGGACUAGAUGCAUCUGUUAACGAUUUUUCUGGAACAAAAACGUACCUCUCACUUUGAAAAACAGGGAACUUUGGAAAUUGUACUUCCUAGACCAAGUAGUCUUUUGUAAUCGUGUAAUCGUAAUUGCUAUAUACAAGUUUUCAAAUUGGACUUAGGUCCUAGAUUUUAAGUGUUUUAAGACUAUAGGUCCGCAUCAAAGCCUUCACCAUGUUUGUAGUUGCCUGGCGUUAUGACAUGGAUAGAUUUUCCUCCAAAAAGUAGCAAGGGGAACAAGAUAAAAUUCACUGAAAAGACUCUUAGCGAAAUGCGAUUACAAUAUCUAUUUCCCGAUUAACCGAGAAUACACCCUCCCACCAAUUUUUAAUAUUUGUUUUCGGGGUGGGAUGGGCUGGGGUGUGGGGCUGAUGUGCACUUUGUAAGCAUACAAAAUUUGUUAACUAAAUUGAUUAGAAUUAAUUUCUGUCAUUGUAAUAUGAUUUAUGUUUGGAACCAGCUUAUUGAAGGGAUUUUCUUCGCACAAAAACUUUGCAAAUUCAAAUACACCCCAAGAGAGAGAAGAUUUUACAAAAUAUGACAAAAGG